GUUGAAAUAGCAAAUGUUGAUUCAGAUAGAACGCUUCCUUACAACUUCUGAUUUCGGAUCACAAAACUUAAACCUCGACCAUUAAAAUAUAACGUUCAAGUAAAAAAAAUGAUUGGGCAGAAAACUAUAAACUCGUUUUUUUCUCCGGUUGGGACAAAGAGAACUUUAGAAGCGAACAAACAGGACACCAAAGAGAAAGCGGAGAAUAAUGUGUCCCAGGUAAAAAAGCUGAAACCAACUAGCGAUAUGCCGCCGACUAUCACGACCCUGAGUCCGGAACAGCUGGACAAAAUCGAGAAGAGCAAGCGCGCUGCUUUGGAGAGGCUGGCUGCUCACAACGCACCGGAUGGAUUCGGCGAGAGUUGGCGGAAGGAGUUGAACGCAGAGUUUGGAAAGCCUUAUUUUAAAAGAUUGAUGUCCUUUGUGUCGGACGAAAGAAAGCGACACACUGUCUAUCCACCUGCUCAUCAGGUAUUCACAUGGACUGAGGUGUGCGCCAUUCGAGACGUGAAGGUGGUGGUUCUUGGCCAGGACCCAUACCAUGGUCCUAACCAAGCCCAUGGCCUUUGUUUCAGUGUCCAGAGACCUGUCCCGCCCCCUCCCAGCUUGGUGAAUAUGUACAAAGAACUGGCUGCAGACAUUGACGGAUUCCAGCACCCUGGACAUGGGGAUCUCACUGGGUGGGCUAAACAAGGUGUACUGUUGCUCAAUGCUGUGCUGACGGUUCGAGCGCAUCAGGCGAACUCCCACAAAGACAAGGGCUGGGAGGCCUUCACGGACGCCGUGGUGCAGUGGCUCAAUGGCAACCUGAACGGGGUGGUCUUCAUGCUGUGGGGGUCCUACGCUCAGAAGAAGGGCAUCGCUAUCGACAGGAAGCGCCACCAUGUCCUGCAGACUGUACAUCCGUCCCCGCUGUCUGCGCACCGCGGCUUCUUCGGAUGCAAACACUUCUCAAAGGCCAACGAGCUGUUGGCGAAAUCGGGGAAACGGCCAAUCGAUUGGACGGCGCUCUGAGAAAGUUUCGGAAGUUUCCAUAAGCUCAUUUGUCCGUUCCAAGUUGGCUAAGGGGGAAAUUACCUUGUAUAUACUGCCGUUAAGACUAGCUUUUUGAUCUGAAUGUUGAAAAUGUUGUCAUUGUAUCAUUAAAUUUCCUUUUUGCAUAUUUUCCAUAUUAAUUUCAUAUAGAUGUUUAAUAUUUUUCGUAUGUUCUAUAUGCAAAUUGUUUCCAUUGUUUUAAAACUACCUCAGUAUUACAAAGCUAUCGCCAUUAUAUAUUUUUAUUUUCAUUUUAAAUCUACAGUAAACAGUGAAACUCUACAAUCACUUGUCUUAUGUAUUUCCAACUGUAUUGCAAAUGCAUCAACACCGCAGUGAG